AUGUCGUCGCGCGAUUCAUUGCGAUCGAGAGGUACAAGUUCGGUAUGUGGAUCGGAUUCCUUGGCGCACGCGCGCACCGAGUCGCAAGCAUUCGGUUCGUUCGUCGACGCUUGCACUGCCGCGCCAUCGAGCUUGAGCGUGGAUCCUCAGCUGUCGGAAUCGCUCGAUGGUCAAGCUGCUUCAUCGUCGAUCACCACCACCUCAUCCGAACGCACACAGACUGGCUCGGCUGGCUCGGCUUGCCAUGCUCAACACGGUGGUGUCAACGAAGACGACGACGAGUGGACCGAAGCAGAUAUCGUCGCGAGCUUCUCUCCUGUGGACUCGCAUGUUGGGAUAUCCAGUAGUCUUGUCGAACCAACUGGCUCGGCGCGUGCGUCUUCUGCUGCACCGACCGCCGACAGACCGGCAGGUGGACGCAAAGUCAGCGGACGAGGCGCGUCCUCUGAAUGGGCCGACUGGAACACGUUCCUGGCAGCACACACAUUGCCUAUGCAGCCGCCGAGAUCGUGUGACUCGGGCUGCUCGUCUGGUUCGAAACCGUCGAACGCGGCUGGCGUCAACACUUGGAAUGCAGCAGACGACGCUUUCUUUGACGCGUUCGAGGUGGCGACUAACUCGAAUCGUGCGCCGUCGCCGCCGAUCAUCGAUCUGCGUGGUGUCGAGAAGCAGUUGGAGCAGAAAAAGGAGCAACAGAAACAGAAACAGCACCAGAACCAGAACCAGAACCAGAACCAGAACCAGAACCAGAACCAAAUCGAACCGCUCUCGCAUUCGACGGACGACGACUUUUUCUCGCGCUUCCAACGCGCUCCACAGACAGCACUAGGCAGAAGUAGCCCGUUGGUGCUCGAGCCAGAACAGCUGGAAAGCAUUCACCACGCGCGUACGAGCCACAUGGACACGGCAUCAGCACAGCCACAGAACAUCGGCAUCGGCAACAGCAACAGCGGUAGCGGUAGCGGUGCGCACGCUCGCGCGGACACGGGACGAGGCUCGAUUUCUUCAGCGUCGGCUUCAGCGUCGGCUUCAGCGUCGGCGGCGGCGUCGAGCUGGACAGGUAGUUUGAAAAAGACGUGGACGACGUUGCGUGGGAUUCAGAGCGAGAUUGCUAGUCACAUGCCGAGCACGAGCGAUUUCAUUGUUCCGGAGCCAGAGGCCGGGGUGGCAGGUGGCGCGGUGAACACGAAUCAGGGAGGUGGGUUACUGAUUGCAAGUGAUGCUACCGAGAGGGUGCAGGCGCAAGGGACCGAGGGUGGGGAUCGAGCGACUUGGAGAUCGGGAGAGGCGGAGGGGCAGCGGGCGACGGGUGCGCAUGCGUCCGAGCAUGCUCACACGACACGGCACGGCUCGUCGAGAGCAUCGACUGGCGUAUUGUCGGGAGCCCCACUUCGGGCAAGGGAUCUAAUGGCGUCUUGGAGCACAGGCGCACUGGAAAGCAACGCUCGCGGUGCGUCGGCGGCGACGCUGGCGGCGCAGCGCGGAGGGAUGCACUCGAGCAUCAUAUCUGGUGCGCCCGGAUUCGACACGAGCUCGACGCGCCAGUGGAAUACGGGACACUGGACGCUGGAUGAUGAGCGAAAGCGGGUGAUUCCGGUAACGCUAUCCAAGCGUGACCAAGAGACCGAGAUGGUGAUCGAGCAGUUUCACGCGUCGCGCAUCCAAGCGCAGCUUCCGGCGAGAUUGCAACUGGGCAAGCGCUGGGAGUUGCUCUACUCGAUGGAUCAACACGGGAUAUCGUUGCAGACGCUGUAUCAUCGCGUGGCGGUGGGGAUGGAUCCGAGUCGUGCGCGCGAGUCGUCUGGCGACGCACCAGAGGCGUGGAUGAGGGGGGCGACCAGUACGGCACGCCACGCGCUCGGCGUGCGCGUCCCGAAACUCGGCGGGGCGCUCAAUAGCGUCUCAGAUGCCGGCCUCGUCCUUGCCAUCAAAGACGAGCAGGAUAACGUGUUCGGUGCAUUUCUCAACGAGAAGCUUCGUCCUCAACAGCACUACUACGGUUCGGGCGAAUGCUUUCUCUGGAAAACGUCGGUGCACUCGCAUCAAAAACUCGUCCAUGUCUUCAAAUGGACCGCGAAAAACGACUACAUUGUGCUCUCCGAAUCCGACUUCCUCAGUGUAGGCGGCGGCGACGGAAAGUUCGGCCUUUGGAUAGACGCUACCCUCCAAAACGGCAUCUCUGACCCCUGCCCCGCUUUCGACAACCCCAUCCUCUCCUCUACCUCCCCCACCUCCGACAGUACCUCAGACCAUCACUUCUCCUGCUACGGCCUCGAAGUCUGGGCUGUAGGCAUCGACUAA